CGGGGCAAAAUGGUCACGCGAGGUUACGAGGCCAUUUUCCUCCCCCUUUUUUUCGGUUGCUGUUUUCGGAAUUAGACGGCAGCGAACAACAACAUCCAUCCUCUCUCUCUCUCUCUCUCUCUCUUCCGGAAGAUCUCGGAGCAGCAGGUGCCAGGGACUGCAUAUUUCGUUAUCGGUUUUUGAAGCUGGAAGCACCUUUUCUACAAGAGGCGGACACCUUGGAAGAACUGUUGUAUUUUUGUGUGGAUAGUCUUUUCAGAAUUCAUCGAUCUAGUUAAGGUCUCCAUGUUAUUCUUGACCUGGUAAUGUGAGAGUCGAGCAUACAUCAGGAUGGGGACAAUGCACCGUAGUGGAGUUCUAAAGAAAUCAAACGACAGGGCCAGAAUUAUCAUCGCAACUAUCUUGGGAGUUCUAUUUGGGUUCUUCAUAGGCAUUUCUUUUCCAUCUGUUUCUCUGACAAAGAUUAACUUCCAUUCAAGUAUUAUCUCAUCUCUUGAUCUGAUCAGUGAUGAAAGUAGAUCCAUCAGCAAAUCCUCUGAUAAUCUAGGCAGCAUCCCCAAGAUAUAUGUUCCGACAAAUCCUCGUGGCGCAGAGUCUUUGCCCCCAAAUAUUAUUGUAUCAGAAACUGAUUUCUAUUUGCGCAGAUUAUGGGGUGAACCUAAUGAGGACCUGAAGAAGAAACCAAAAUACUUGGUUACAUUUACAGUGGGUUUUGAUCAGAGGCGUAACAUUGAAGCAUCAAUUAGAAAGUUUUCAGAGGAGUUCCAAAUUUUACUCUUUCAUUAUGAUGGUCGGGUAAGUGAAUGGGACCAGUUCGAGUGGUCAAAGGAUGCAAUUCAUAUCAGUGUGAAGAAGCAGACCAAAUGGUGGUACGCAAAAAGGUUUUUGCAUCCAGAUGUUGUCGCAGCUUAUGAAUAUAUUUUCAUCUGGGACGAAGAUCUUGGAGUUGAACAUUUUAAUGGGGAAAAGUAUAUUCAGUUGGUCAAAAAACAUGGUUUGGAGAUAUCUCAGCCAGGUCUCGAGCCCAAUAAUGGACUGACAUGGCAGAUGACAAAGAGGAGAGGUGACAGAGAAGUGCACAAGGAUACAGAAGAGAAACCAGGCUGGUGUAGUGACCCACAUUUGCCUCCAUGUGCAGCGUUUGUGGAAAUUAUGGCUCCAGUCUUUUCGAGAGAAGCUUGGCGCUGUGUAUGGCAUAUGAUUCAGAAUGACCUGGUGCAUGGAUGGGGAUUGGACUUUGCUCUCAGACGAUGCGUUGAGCCUGCUCAUGAGAAGAUUGGUGUUGUUGAUUCUCAAUGGAUUGUUCACCAAGUAAUCCCUUCCUUGGGCAGUCAGGGAGAGUCGGAGAAAGGGAAAGCUCCAUGGGAAGGAGUCAGAGCAAGAUGCAGAAGUGAGUGGGCCAUGUUCCAGAAUCGCCUCACAGAGGCAGACAAGGCAUAUUUAGCUCCGACUGCGAAGAACUAAUUUUGGCUUUCCUCUAUAUCUGUCCUUCCGGACGGGAAUUGUGUACAUGCCUUACGACCACACAUCAGAUCUGUUGAAGAGGUUCAUAAAGCCAUGUGGCUUUUCGUGGAGCUAAGGUGGUCGCACAUUUGAGAGCUGCAUUAUGAUUUUGUACAGACAGUUUUUAAGUAGAGCAGAACUUCGCCUCUCUUGUUGCCGACAAGGGGGGAGGAAGAGCAAUACUGAAUUAGCGAGGCACCGGCCUUUUUUUGGGUUGUCAUAUCUCUUAUUUAUCAAUGAGAGGAGCCUUAUUUUUUUAUCUGUA